GCCUCGGUUUUCUAGGCCGAGCACUCUUUUCUUUCAACCUCAUGCGCGCUCCCACUCUCCGGCGACGGUACCGUCCAUUUUCAAGCAGUGGGAGAGAAAUAUUGUCGCCGGAAGAAAAGCCCGAGGAUUACGAAGUCACAGUUUGUUCUUGUUCUUCUUCAAUGGCUUUUUCUUCACUUCACCGAUCAAAACUCCCCUUAAACCCGCUGAGCCAAGAAUUCUCGUUUUUUCCUUUUCCCUGAUUUGAAACCCUUCUCGGCUUCGUCACUUGCAGACAUUUAAUAGAGCUGAAGAGAAGUUGGGGAAAGAUAUAUAUAGCAUGUCUUGUUUCAAUUUGCUGACAGGGAUGAUCUCAAAGCCUCCUGUAAACGACUUUGGUGCUAUUUCUUUCCAAUCUCAGCUAAACCCGUUUCCAAUUCUUGAUUCUUUACGCUCUUCGAGGUCUCGUCUUUCUAAGUUUUCAACACUCCCCUCGAUCCGAAAUGGGCUCCGGGAACUUCGGGGGAGAAUUGAAACGGUGAGGAACACGCAAAAGAUCACCGAGGCAAUGAAACUAGUGGCAGCGGCUAAGGUGCGGAGAGCCCAGGAAGCAGUCAUUAACGGCAGGCCCUUUGCUGAGACGCUUGUGGAAGUCUUGUUUGAUAUCAAUGAACAGUGUCAAUUGGAAGAUGUGGAAGUUCCUUUAACAGCCAUUAGGCCGGUCAAGAGAGUUGCUCUUGUGGUUAUCACUGGUGACAGAGGGCUUUGUGGGGGAUUCAACAAUGCAAUAUUGAAGAAGGCCGAAGCCCGGAUUGCGGCAUUGAAGAGUCUUGGAUUGGACUGUACUUUGAUUAGCGUUGGAAAAAAGGGCAAUGCGUAUUUUCAGAGAAGGGCGAAUGUGAAUGUGGAUAGGUUUGUAGAAGGGGAUAGUUUUCCUACAUCGAAAGAAGCUCAAGUGAUUGCUGAUGAUGUGUUUUCACUGUUCUUGACUGAGGAGGUUGAUAAGGUCGAGCUUUUGUAUACCAAGUUUGUGUCUUUGAUUAAGUCGGAUCCCGUGAUUCAUACUUUGCUUCCAUUAUCUGCAAAAGGGGAAGCUUGCGAUGUGAAUGGGGAGAGUGUAGAUGCUAGCGAAGAUGAGUUCUUUAGAUUGACUACUAAAGAAGGGAAGUUGACUGUUGAGAGGGAUCAUAUAAUGGGCAGGAAAAAGGCGAAUUUGGUUCUUAAUUAUCAGUUUGAGCAGGACCCUGCACACAUUCUUGAUGCCUUGAUGCCACUUUAUUUGAAUAGCCAGAUUUUGAGGGCGUUGCAGGAGUCGUAUGCGAGUGAACUAGCAGCUAGGAUGAACGCAAUGAGUAAUGCGACAGAGAAUGCGGUGGAGCUGAGUAGGUCGCUUUCAAUUGCUUAUAACCGUGAAAGGCAGGCAAAGAUCACAGGUGAAAUAUUAGAGAUUGUUGCAGGAGCAGAGGCCCUUAGUUUGUGAAGCAAGGAAUGGAAUGGCAUACAACAAUGUGAUUCAGAACUAGAUUCUCAUGGUCGGUCCGCAACCCCUGGAUGCCGAAAGCGCACUUGGGGUGAUCUUGUAGUUCCUACGGGGUGGAGAUGAUGGGGUCGGUCCAUGGAUUUUCCUUCUUUUUCUUUUACCGCAUUUCGCUCAGAGGAUUGAAGGGAGAUAGUGCAUCAAGCUGUUCGCAAGGGCCAACUUGAUCCUCUUCCCCAGGGAUCUUAGAUGAGAGAUCCUGGGAGAGCCGCCGACUCCAACUACCGUCCAUAUAUGAUUCAUAUUAGAUCUGAUCAGCUGCUCAUCCUACCUUCUUUACGUUCUUGACAGCUCAUCUUUGUCUCAGUAGAGUUACCUUCUCUCA